ACGUGGCAAGGCGGGCCCAUGGCAACCCCCAAGCCCCGGAUCCUGCCCUGGCUCAAGGCGGCCCUGGACCAGGAGCGCUUCCCCGGCGUGGCCUGGCUGGACUCGAGCCGCACGCGCUUCCGCAUCCCCUGGAAGCACGGCUUGCGGCAGGACGCGCAGCAGGAGGACUUCGGCAUCUUUCUGGCUUGGGCAGAGGUGAGCGGAGCCUACACCCCAGGGGAUAAACCUGACCUGCCGACCUGCAAGAGGAACUUCCGGGCCGCUCUGAACCGGAAGGAGGGAUUGCGAGUAGCUCAGGACCUGAGCAAGGACCCCCAAGACCCCCACAAGAUCUAUGAGUUUGUGACUUCAGGCGUGGGGGACUCUCCAGGUCUGGACAGCAACCCGGACACCCAGGAAGUUCUGGAGUCACUGAAUGACAUGCACUUGGCCCCCCAUGAAUAUAGGGGCCCCCCAGGUCUGGAAGCAACCACUGUCUCCACCUGUCCGCUCUUCGUGAUGCCCCUUUCAGACACCCGCGUUUCCUCCGCUAACUGUGAACCCUCAGACACUCCCGUUAUACCACCUUGGCUGCCCGAAGAUGCUUGGGAUUUCCAGGUGACUGUCUUCUACCGGGGCCGCCAAGUCUUCCAGCACACUGCCCUCUGCCCUUGGGGCCUGCGGCUGGUUGGGCCUGACGGGGGUGACCCAACGCUGCCGGGGUUGCCCUUUAUCCUGCCGGACCCCAGUGAGUCUCUGGUGGACCAGGCCGUGAAGAACUAUGUGACACGAGUGCUGCAGUCCUUGGGCGGGGGCCUGUCGCUGUGGCGGGACAAGCAGUGGCUGUGCGCACGGAGGCUGGGUCACUGCCACACUUACUGGGCCCUCGGGGAAGAGCACCUGCCCCCCACUCAUGGGUCUGAAGGCGAGGUCCCCAAGGAACACGGAAGAAGCAUAUUCGACUUGAGAGACUUCGUGGAAGGUCUGAUCGCCUUCAUCAAUGGGAAUCAGAUUUCACCGCGCUUCACCCUCUGGUUCUGCCUGGGGGAGUUGUGGCCGAAGGAUCAACCAUGGACCAAGAAGCUGGUGAUGGUCAAGGUCAUCCCCACAUGCCUCCAGAAUCUUCUGGAGAUAGCGAGGCAAGGGGGCGCAUCCUCGCUCAACACGGUGGAGCUGCAAAUCUCCGGUGGCCAGUCGCUGUCCCUGAAUUCAGAGCAGCUGGUGGCCAGCCUGGAGAACCUGCUAGACAGCAUGGAGUAUUAGGGGGGCCCCGCCUGGACCCAGCCCGGAC